AUGACAAUUAACGCUGAACCUUGGUGGAAAACUGCCACAGUAUACCAGAUCUGGCCCGCUUCGUACAAGGAUUCCAAUGGAGACGGUUUUGGAGAUCUUCAAGGUAUUAUUUCAGAACUUGACUAUGUUAAGUCUCUCGGAGUGGAUGUGAUUUGGCUUUCUCCAAUGUACGAUUCACCCCAAGAUGAUAUGGGAUACGAUAUUUCCAACUACAAUGCCAUUUACCCCAAGUAUGGUACUAUGAAGGACAUGGAUCAAUUAAUUGACCAGGUCCGUAGUCGGGGCAUGAAGCUCGUUCUUGACCUUGUGGUGAACCAUACCAGUAGUGAGCAUGAAUGGUUCAAAGAAUCAAGAUCUUCCAAGGACAAUCCCAAGAGAAACUGGUACAUCUGGAAGCCUCCCAAGUAUGACGAGCAAGGAAAUAGACAGCCUCCAAAUAACUGGAAAUCUUGUUUCUCCGGUUCCGCAUGGGAAUGGGAUGAACAUACCCAAGAAUAUUAUCUUCGGUUAUUUGCAGCCACUCAGCCAGACCUCAAUUGGGAGUGUGAGGAGACCAGGGAGGCCAUUUAUGAGUAUGCUAUGAAGUUUUGGUACGAAAAAGGUGUGGAUGGGUUCAGAAUCGAUGUCGCAGCUUUAUACUCCAAAGUUCAAACUUUUGAAGAUGCACCAAUUGUGGACCACACGCAAAAGUGGCAGCCUUUCGGAAGCUUGUGUCUGAAUGGUCCUCGUAUCCACGAGUUCCACAAGGAAAUGUAUAAGAAAGUGACCAGCCAUUACGACGUUAUGACGGUUGGAGAGGUGGGCCAUUGCAGCCGUGAAGAAGCACUCAAAUAUGUUUCCGCUUCAGCCAACGAAAUGAACUCGAUUUUUCUCUUUGAUUUGGUCGAAGUGGGUGUCAAGGGACUUGGUAGGUACGAUUUUGCUGGGUGGAAUUUGGACGACAUGAGAAAAGCCGUGAAGAAUAUGAGUGGUUUCGCAGAAGGAACCGAUGCUUGGGCCACUGCUUUCUCUGAAAACCACGACCAACCUCGUUCAGUUUCUCGGUUUGGUACUGACAAGAACCCCAAGGGCCACAAUAAGUCCGCUAAACUCUUGGCACAAAUGUUAAGCUCGCUUUCUGGAACCUUGUACAUCUACCAAGGUCAGGAAAUUGGAAUGACAAAUCUUCCACGGUCAUGGCCCAUUUCUGAGUACAAGGAUAUCGAGACGUUGAACUACUACGAGGACUUUAAGCAGCGUAUUGGCGACGAUAAAGAAAAAUUGGAAAAAUUAAUGGACGUUGUUCAAAUCAUGGCCAGAGACCAUGCCAGGUCUCCAGUGCAAUGGGACAAUUCCAAACACGGAGGAUUCACCACAGGCGAGCCAUGGAUGCGUGUCAACGAUAACUAUCCCGAAAUCAACGUUGCUUCGCAAGUUAACGAUCCUUCGUCGGUUUUCAGUUUCUGGCAAAAAUGUUUGAAAGUGAGAAAAUCGCACUCUGAAACUCUCAUUUUUGGAGACUUGAAAAUUGUUGAUAACGGCCACGAAAAACUCUUUAUUUUCACCAAGGAAAACGGCAACAAAAAGGCUCUUGUUGCGUUGAACUUCUCCGAAGAAACCGUUCCAUACGUUGCGGAAGAAGGUUACAACUUGGUGCUCACCAACUUUGACGAAAACUCCGACUCUCAUUUGGCGCCCUACGAAGCUAGAACGUACAUCAAAUAG